CUGGCCUGGUUUUGUUCUUUGUUGUCUGGCAAGGAAGUCUUGAACUACAGAGAAAUGAUGUGCAGUUAUCUAUGACUUUAAAAAGGACUUUAAAUCUUAAAUGAACUCUAUAAUGUACAUUUGAGAAUGUAAGUUUUCCACUGAUUGAUUUUAAUAAGCAGGAGCUGCUUUGUGUGUGUUGUAUUUUUUGUAUUUUUCUCCAGUUUUGAUGGCAUGAUGGCAAGAUGUGUAACAGUUCUUCUGACUUUAUGCUACAUUAUGGACACAGUGGAACAUGGUCUUUGUCUAAAUAUGGUCAAGGAACUGGCUGUCACACGGGUGUCACCCAUUCAUGCAAGAGCAAAGAGAGAGACUGAUUUUCUUUAUACACUUGAAGCUGUGGUGCGUGUCACUGAUGUGGGACAAUUCCUUGCUUGGCUGAAAACUCUCGGUCCCCCUUUGUCACUCAAUGAGUCUGCCACUCUUACCAACAUUGACCACACCACAGUGUGUCCUCGAAUUGGGAAUGAAUUCCUUUGCUUUUGUGAGGCGCAGUUUACUUGGUCACAAAGACAGUGCAGCAGCUCUACAAGGUGUGAUGACAGCACUAAGGACCUGUGUAGAUGCAUCGUCAAGACUGACCCAUUAGAUAACCAGUUCUGCCAGCCACCAAUUGAAAGGAAAGAAGAGUUUACCAUGGACAUUACUUUUGAUACAUCUUUCAAUAACCCAGAUCAUACAAUGUUCAAAGAAAUUUCCACCUCUAUAAAAAAUAAUGCUGAGCGGUACUUCCCAACUCUAGUCGCAGCAGGGUUAACUGGCUUCCGUUCUGGGAGCACCAUUGCUCAGUAUUCAAUCAAUGCAACUUCUUUUUUAGCAGCAGACUUUGAAAAUUUCAGAAGAGGGAUUAUAACAGAUUUGGGAAGAAAAUUCAACAUGAUAGUAGACAGUAGCGUACCUCUACAGUUUUCUUCUAAUGUGACAAUUGCUGAAGAAAAAUUGAAUGUGAUAUGUGGCCCUCCCCCAGAAGACCUAAAAUUUAUGUCAAACUGGACUUCAGAGUGGAGACAUGAUGGAGAGAUAAUAAUCCCUUCAAGAAGAAUAAUCAUUUCAGAUGGAGAUGGAAACUCACUUGUACAGUCAGUACUAACUGUGCUUGGACUUGUAUCAAGUGACAGUGGACUGUAUGAGUGCUUGUUGAAAGAUGAGAUUGUUUUCCUUCAAGUUUCUUCAAAAGCACUCAUUGUUGAAGAAAAACCAGUGAUCGAAGUAAAUACAAUCAGGAAAGCUGUCCAUUGUGAGGUUGGACAUGAUAUCGUUGUACCACUGGAAUGCUCUGUUCAAAGCAUAUACAACAUCGAGUUGGUGCGGACUGAUGACUCCGUAGCAGAUCCAAGCAAUCCUGUGGAAACAGGCGGCAGUGAAAUUAAGUAUGAUUUUAAAAAUGGGUGUAAAAACCUGACGGCAAUAUUUACUUGUAGGGUGUUAAACAAUCCAGAAUUUAAGAUAGAUAUAAAGAUCAUCUUAUCCACAGUUGCUUUUGACUGUGUCAAUGAUUCAAAAUUUGAUAACGGAUUUAUCGGUGAUGAGGGCGUGGGACAAUGUGACCGUAAUGAGGUUGAAAUCUAAUAGCAGAAUGUUCUCGAGAAAGUGAAUGGGAAGUUAUACAAAAUGGCUGUAUUCUGCGGGAGAUUCAGGACCUUCUCUUUCUGUCACAGUUCUUGGAUGAACAAACACUGCCAGAAUUCUUGGAACACCUGAGAAAUGUAACGGUCAGAGUCUCUGCGCAAGUGGUUAACUCUACUGCCAACAUUAGGGCCAUUGUUUUAAUACUGAAUAGGGUAUCGAAUGCAUCAGUGGCAUUUUCAAUCGCAUUAAAUUGAACCUUAAGUGAGCACUUCCUGGUAACUGCUGGAAUCUUAACAGUUGAUGCUGCAAAGUCAAGCUGGGACAUUCUCAAUGCCAAUUUUACCACAAACAGCUCAUUCAUAUUUGAAAUCCCCAGAAAUGAAAGCAGCAGCUCAUUAUUAUUGUUUUCUCUUGAGACCCUGACAGAGUCCCUGACCAAUGAGACUUUUGACAUCUCCACAGACUCGAUCAUCUUAAACAGAACUACAUUUACAGACUCUUUCACUGCUGAUCUCAAUUUUUCAGUGGAGAUAAAUAUACCACAGUCAAAAAGAAACAACACAAUCACCUUGAUAACAUUUGAUUCAAUGGAUAACGUCCUCCCUGCAAGAAAUGAAAACAACGCAACAGAUAAUGUCAUCAAUGGGAGAGUGGUACUCGUAAAGACCAGUGGCACCAUCAGGAGUGUUUCCUUCACAUUUGAUACACUAAACAGCACCCUGUCGAGCCCUGAGUGUGUCUUCUGGAACUUCAGCCUCUUUAAUGGUCUCGGCGGCUGGGAUGGUCAGGGGUGCGAGUUGGUGUUCAGCGAUAAAGAAACGGUGACCUGCAACUGCAGCCACCUGACCUCCUUCUCCAUUCUGAUGUCACCCUUCAUACCAGAAGAGGUUGCAGAAGCCUUGUCUUAUAUUAC